AUGCUUGUAGAGCACAAACUAAAUAAACUUCAGAAGUGUGCCUGGUGGCAUGUGGAAGUACUAUUUCUCCUCUACACGGCUGCACAGUUUGAAGGCAUUGUGUUCAUCCAGUCUGGUUUGUGCCCUGUGCCAAAAAAUCAGUUCAGUGCUGAAUUAUCAUCUAGUCCGGCUAAGGAAUGUAAAAAUGUGAGGAAUGUCGACCCCAAAAGAUUGCCAACUUUCCUUGUGCCAGAGUUCGAGAAGGAGGAGGAAACUGAUGACGACACGAUGAGUCAACUUACACCGGCUAAGAGCAUUGAUUCAGCGUCAAUGACUGUCAACGUCAACGUCAACAGUUCCCCAGAAUUGUUUCCAAAAACGAACCAACUGAAAACUGCAACAGAGCAGUUUUUAUUGAAAGGAAAGUUCCGAAAUAUUUCUUUGGUAUCAGUGUAUGCGCCUACAGAGGACAGCGACGAAGUAGGCAAAGAUAGUUUUUACGACCUGAUAGCCGCAGAAUAUGAUAAACUACCGAAAUAUGACACCAUUAAAAUACUGGGAGAUUUUAAUGCAAAAGUAGGAAAGGAGACUUAUCUGAAGCCAGUAGCAGGAAAAUACUCAAUGCAUGAGGAAUGCAAUGAGAAUGGUAGAAGAAUAAUUCAAUUUGCGGUAGAGAAGAACUUAAUAAUCAAGAGCACAUGCUUCCCUCAUAAAAAUAUUCAUAAAGGUACAUGGAGAAUACCUGGAACACAAAAUGUGAACCAGAUAGAUCAUGUGCUAAUAUCCGCAAGACAUGCUUCAUCUAUCACAGAUGUAAGAUCAUUAAGAGGCCCAAACUGUGAUUCUGAUCAUUAUUUGGUGCGAGCAGUCCUCAGAGAAAGAUUGGCGCUUGCACAAGCUACUAAGGGGGAGAGAAGGAUAAAGUGGGAUGUGGAAAAACUGAGGCAGGCGGAGUGUCGGACAAGGUUUGAGGAAGAAAUGGAAAGACAGCUCCCAAAUAAACCAUCGGAAACCCCUGAAGAAUUUAAUAGCAACAGAGCAUGGAAUGAUAUGAAGCACGCCAUGACAGAGGUGAUUAAAAACACUGUAGGCGAAAAAAGAAUUGAAAGAAAUGGAGAAUGGUUCGAUGAAGAAUGUAGUAGGGCACUGCAAAGAAAGAAUGAAGCAUGGAGAGAUAUGAUGGGUAGGGAAACGCGGCUUAAAAGAGAGAGAUACAAGGAAAUCAGAAGAACUGCAAGCAAGAUAUGCAGGAAGAAAAAGAGAGAGUGGCAAAAGAAGCGAUUAGAAGACAUUGAGACGGCGUACCUGCGGAAUGAUGUAGGAGGAUUCUAUCAGAGGGUCGAUACAAUAAAGAGAGGGUAUCAACCCAGAUUAAAGUUAUGUAAAGACCAAGAGGGACAAAUAAUUGGAGAAGAAAAUAAAGUAUUAGAAACGUGGGAGGAAUAUUUCAAGGAGCAGCUGAGUAUAGAGAGAGAUAAUGAAGAGUUUGCCGAUGAAAUAAUGACUGCUGAGCCUCUAGUGGAGCCACCGACCAUGCAGGAAGUGCAGGAGGCUAUCGACAAGCUGAAGAGUAAUAAAGCACCUGGAAGUGAUUAUAUACCUGCUGAGGUAUAUAAGUGUGGGGGACAAAAACUAACAAGAUUAUGUCAUGAACUGAUAACUGGAAUAUGGGUAAGUGAGGAAAUGCUGGAUGAAUGGAAAAGAGGAAUAAUUUGUCCUAUUUUCAAGAAAGGGGACAAACUCAUGUGCAAUAAUUAUAGGGGAAAAACACUGCUCAACAUAGCCUAUAAAAUCUUCUCCACAAUUAUUUUCAAGCGAGUGACGUUAUAUGCAGAGGAAGAACUCAGCGAAGUUCAGUGUGAGUUCAGAAACAACAGAGGGACAACGGACCAAAUAUUUGUAAUGAGGCAGACAAUGGAGAAGUGCUAUGAGUUUGAUGUAGACUUGCACAUUGUAUUUGUUGACUUCCGGCAGGCGUUCGACAGUGUAGACAGGAAGCAGUUACCUACAGUACUUACCAGGUGUGGUUUACCAAGAAAGUUGGUAAAAAUGGCCUAA